AUGGCCACAAGAUUUGGACAGCUCGACUCCAGGGCAUUGUCUAAGCUAGAAAAGGAUGCUAUGGAAAACAACAAGUCCUCCUUUGCACUUGCUUAUUUCACUGAUAAAACUGAACAAGAAAGAAAAAGAGGUGUAACUAUUCAAACUACAUUAGUUAAGAUGGAAACGAAGAAAUUUGCUAUCAACUUCUUAGAUUGCCCCGGCCACGCAGAUUAUAUUAAGAAUGCAACAAAUGGUUGUAAACAGUCUGAUUUGUCAAUUGUGGUGGUUCCAGCUAGGUUUGAAGCAUCUUGUUCUACCGAAGGAACUCUUAAGACGCAUCUGACACUUGCUGGAAUUCUCGGAUCCAAAAACUUUAUUGUUUGUAUUAACAAAUUGGAUGAAGUUGAGAUUAAAAAUGAGAAUUCAUUAGAGACCGCUUUUGAGGCUGCUUGUGAAGCCGUUUACAAGUUCUUGAAGAGACUUGGUGUUAAGAGAGAGGCAGUGAUUUUCUUGCCAAUUUCAGCUCUUAAGGGACAUGGAGCAGUUCUUUGUGGAAGAGUCGAUUAUGGAAUUAUUAAGAAAGGUGAUGUGGUGAAGAUUCUUCCAGUUGGAAUCACUUCUGAUGUUAAGUCCAUUGAAGCUCAUAAACAAUCGAUUCCCGAAGCUCCAGCAGGUACUAACAUUGGUUUCGUUCUUAACUUGAAGGGUGAUAAGACAGUUAUGGACAAAAUCAAGACUGGCUCUCUUGUUGGGCCAUCCAAUGACACCAACUUCAAUCUACAACCUUUUUACAUUGCUUCUUGUAAGUUUGUUUGCAGAGAUUCCGGUAUUCUUGUAGUGUGUGGAAAUAUUACUGAUAAGAUUACAGCAACUGAGGCUAAGGAGAAAUAUGAUCUUGAUGUUGCUGUUGUUUCUGGUGAUAAAGAAGCAAUCAAGAAGUCUAAGGCUAAGAAAUAA